GAUCUACAUCUCUGAUUCUCUCUGAUCUAGAACCCUAAGCAAGAGGUGAGAGAGAGAGAGAGAGUUCCAUUUUCGUCGGGUCAAAGCCACCACCGGACAACGAGGAUCAAUGGCGGCGAUGUUAAUCGGAAGAGCCUUUAAUUCAGCUAGAGUCCUCCGUGCUCGAUCAUUCUGCACAGUAUCCGCCGCUCGUAAACCCGAUUCCGAUGGUCACUCAUCGGAACCUUCUCCCUCCUCGUCCUCUUCGUUCACUUUCGACGAGGAGAACGAGAAACCCAUCCUCGUGAAAGCUCCCAACGCUCGCCGGAACAACAGCGAUUCCGACUCGGUGACGAUGCCGACGUCUUUCAUGACGGGGUCGAUCGUGGGGAAGAGGUUUUACAAGAAGGUGACGACGAGAGAGGCCGACGAUGGGAAUGGAUGGACCGUGAUGCUCGAUUACAGAACGCUUAAAACUCCUUCGAAGAGACCUCUCAAGCUUCCUUCUUUGGCUCUCGCUAAGGCCAUUGCAGCUGAGUGGGAGUAUCAGCUAGCAGAAGGAAUCAGACCAUUCACAAUGCCGCUGAUGAAACUAGCAUGUACGGCACUUGAAAGAGUUCCUCUUACACGCCCAAAGAUUUUUGAGCAUCUAUUAAGAAAGUUACAUCAAGAUCUCGUCUUUUUCCGAGCGCCUGAAGAUAACGAUCUUACUAGUGACGUCCAUGAGGUUCAGGUGGAGAGGAUUGAUCCUUUACUCGAGUGGGUAGAAUCAGAGUUUGGGAUCAAACCCAAAGUGUAUUCGAGCAUCUUUGGAGGAAAACAAGAUGAUAAGCUAGUGAAAGCAGUAGAGGAUCUUCUUAAGAAGACAAAUGAUGGUGAACUCGCCAGCAUCGAUGCGCUUGAAGCAUCAGCGCACUCUGUAGUAAUUGCUCUUGGCGUCUACUGUGGGAAGUUGCAGAUCGAUGAUGCAAUUAAAUUGAUUAGACUCGAAGAAGAUUUACAGGUGGACAAGUGGGGACUAGUGGAAGGUGGGCAUGAUAUUGAUAUUGCUGAUCUCAAAGUUCAAAUCUCAGCGGCUACCGUGUUUCUUGCUCUGUCCCGUCAGAACUGAUCAUAACUCUAUUUUGCUCAAAUACCUUUUCAGUUAUUCCAAAAAUAAAGCUUCUCUCUGAGCUUAUCUGUUUGUAGAAUUGACGAUUGUAAGGGUUACAUCAAUACAAGAAUGAAUCUAAAGUCA